AUGGGUUUCAACCUCAACAACCCUCUCCCCUCCUCCGUCAAGUCGGAAUGCAAGAAAUGCGGCAAGAUCCUCUCCUCGUUUGUUAGCCCCGGCCAGGCCUUUGGCCCCGACAAGGUCAUCCCGCCCUCGAUCCUGUCCAACGCAAAGGGCCUCGCCGUCAUCACCAUCCUCAAGGCGGGCUUCCUCGGCUCCGGCCGCAUUGGCAGCGGCGUCGUCGUUGCCAGGCGCGCCGACGGCUCCUGGAGCGCCCCGAGCGCCAUCGCCCUCGGCGGUGCCGGCUUUGGCGGCCAGAUUGGCUUCGAACUCGCCGACUUUGUCUUUGUCCUUAACGAUACAAACGCCGUCAAGACGUUUGCCCAGGCCGGCUCUCUGACCCUGGGCGGUAACGUAUCCCUGGCCGCCGGCCCCGUUGGCCGCAACGCCGAGGCUGCCGGUGCCGCCUCGCUCAAGAGCGUCGCAGGCAUCUUCAGCUACUCCAAGACGCGCGGCCUGUUCGCCGGCGUCUCCCUCGAGGGCUCCGCCAUCAUCGAGCGGCGCGACGCAAACGAACAGCUGUAUGGUACGCGCUACACGGCCCAGCAAAUCCUGACGGGAUCCGUGGACCCGCCGCCCGAGGCCCACGCCCUCAUGGCCAUACUCAACUCAAGGGCCUUUAGCGGCAUGAGGGACGGGGCCGUGACCGGCGAUGCCAUGUACAACCACACCCCCGUCUACGCCAGCGAGCACGACGAUGUCGUCUGGGAGGGACGUCGAGGAGGCGCCAUGGGCGAAGGGUCGCCCAGGCCAGGCGCUGGCGAGUUUGGCCGUCCCCAGCGGUCAAGCACGUGGCAAGACGACAUCUAUGACCGGCCUAGCGUCGGCGCCCCCUCGCGCUCCAGCACCUUCAACACAAAAGGCGACGGCGACAACUACGUCUACCGGGACAGCCCGGCACCCGACAAGAAGACGGGCCCGGGACGGCCAGCCGCACCGAAGCCCAACUUUGUAGCCAAGCAGGCGACGGCCAAUAAGAACGAGGCGGUGGCCCUGUUCAACUUUGAUGCCGAUCAGCCUGGCGACUUGGGCUUCAAGAAGGGCGAGGUCAUUACGGUGCUGAAGAAGACGGACAGCGAUAAUGACUGGUGGACCGGAAUGAUCGGCACCCGGCAUGGGAUAUUCCCGAGCAACUACGUCAAGAUGAAGGAAUGA